AUCCACACUUCUCCACUUGACUCCUCUCAUCACUUGGAAGCCAAUCCCUGUCUCAAGGAUGUCCUGCAACAGCCUGUGCGUCCCCACCUGUGGCGUGGCCACCCCGGCCCCUCUGGCUGACACCUGCAACGAGCCCUGCGUGCGGCAGUGCCCUGACUCCACGGUGGUCAUCCAGCCCCCGGCCUCGGUGGUCACCUUCCCUGGGCCCAUCCUCAGCUCCUUCCCCCAGCAGAGCGCCGUGGGCUCGGCCGGAGCUCCCUACGUGGGAGCCGGCUCCGGUGGUUCCUUCGGAGGCUACGGUGGCUACGGUGGCUAUGGAGGCUGGGGCUAUGGAAGCCGUGGUGGCUAUGGAGGCUGGGGCUAUGGAGGCCGUGGAGGCUACGGCGGUUGGGGAUGUGGAGGCUACGGAGGCUAUGGAGGCUUUGGGGGCUAUGGCGGCUAUGGCUGCGGCUACGGCGGCUGGAGCAGUGGCCACCGCUACCUCAAUGGCAACUGCGGGCCCUGCUAAGCCCCAGCCCGAGUGCGGCCUCAGACCAAGAAGAGCUCCAGGAGAAACCCCGGCACAUCCCGACCCGACGCUCUGUGGACCGAAAUCCCUUUGUCCUGGCCGGCCUGUGCACCUCGGGAGCCUGGUGCCAGCUUGGGAA